AUGAGCAGCCAAACAAGUACAACUAAUUCAACAUUUAAAAUGCCUAUGGCACCUCCAGUUUAUCCUUCUCAAUCUGAAGCUUUACUUUUUCAAGACAUUAUAGAAGAGAAAACUAUUGCACUUCACAGUAUAUUGAAUGAUUUUUUGAAAGUGCAUCCUUAUCGUAAAUUCAAUAUUGAAUUUAAUAUGUUUUUAAAACGUGUAAAACGCAUUAUCAUUGAUGGCCAUCAUGCUGGUGCUAAUGUCUCUCGGAUUACCAAUUCAUCACAUAUCGCUCCACUUUACGCUAGGCCAUCAGCAAGUUUCAAUUACAGGUCAUCUACAAUUUAUAACUAUAGACUACCAACUACUAUGUCAAUGGUUAGUUCUUGUGACCAUAGCAUGUUUAGAUUACCAGAAAAUAAUUUUUAUUCCAUCAAACCUAGCGAACUUUCAAAUCCAUUUAAACCACCAGAUUGUCUUCAACCUAAAGUGGUAUUAUCUCGUAUUGAACAGUCAAGCUGUGUUUCUCACGAAUCACCUUCCACAAGUUCUACAGUUAUGAAAGUAAGCCAAAAUCAUAAUGUAACUGUUGAAGAAAAUAAUACUCAUGAAAUUGCUCAGCAAUCUAAAUCUCUAUCAACAAAUCAACCAACUUCACGUAAUACAUAUUCUGAUGUAACAUUUGAACAAAAUCAAUCAGUACCUGAAUCACAUAAAAAUGAAAACAUAAAUGAUGAUAAUAAUUCAAUUGAAUCACUUCUUGAAGAUGUUGGAUUUAAAAUUAUUGUUGGAUUAACAGAAAAUAAAAAUGAGACCUCAAAAAAGAGUAAUGCAAGUCAACAUCAUAACAAUCAAUUAAAUGUAUUAGAAAAUGUUGAAAAAUUAUUAUCUAUGUGGUCUUUAAAUAUGAAACUAAUCAAAUCAUCAGAGCAAUCAUCAAAAUAUGUUUUAAUCUUAACUGGACAUUUGUUGGGAGAAGAUAAUCAGACAGUUGUUGAAAAGUGUCAUGAAGCUGGCAUUUUAGAAGGCAGAAAAGAAAAUAGUUUAGUCAAAACGAAAAAGGGCGUAUACCGUUUGGUUGGUAAUAUCAUUGGUGGAUCACCUAACGAACUAUAUCAAACAUGUGUAUCUGUCAAUGGUAUUCCAAGAACAUGGAGAAAAAUUGUGACACAACUAACUGGGGUUGAAAAUAAAACAAAACAUAUGUUUGAUUUUUCAAUAAGUUCCCCUGCAUUACCAAUUGCCAAACCAAUAAAAUCUGCUGUGAAUCUUGAUGCAAGUAUGACCAGAAAAGGAACAACUUACAGUAAAAAUAUGACGCUUGCAAAUCACAAAACAAAUAUGAAAAGAAAAUUGUCUGAAAAUGGUGAAACUGAACAUAAUAAAAUUAAACAUCGUAAAUUCUGUGAACGUACACCAUUAUUACUAGCAUCCACACCAAAAAAACAAAAAAAACAGCCCACUAUGUUUGAAACUCCAAGUCAAAUUUUGAGAAAGAAGAUAAGUCAGAAUCUAAGCGAUAAUCCAAACAAACGACAAAAGCAGGAUAGUGUUAAUGAUUCUAUAAAUAUAAACAAAAGAAGACAAUCUCAGUUAAAAGAACAGAGAAACAUAUUUUUGAAGCCAAAAACACGUGAAAAAACAUCAAUGAGUAAUAUUAAUAAUACAAAACAUACCAAUCAAACAUUGAUAAAUAAAUCAAAAAUAUUAAACAGUUGUAACAGCAUUGCUGCAAAAUCAAAAUAUAAUACACUGGAAAACUCAUCUGUAAUAAAAAACCAUUCCAAGCAACAAUCUAAAAUGAAAACAACCAUAAACUCCACCAAUAGCAGUGUACACAAGUCUAACCUUACAACGAGUUUACUUUCCAAAUCUAAAGAAAAUAAAAAAACCAUAAAGCAAACAACACCACAAAUACCUAAAAAUAAAACAGCUGCAAAACAUGUAAGCAUUGUGAAAGAAAUUAAAAAAAAAAGUGUAUCGCCGUCAGCAAUUGAUCUCAAUAAAAGUAAUAACAAAUGUGUUAAGGCAAUCAGAUCUAAGACAAACAAAUUUGAUGAAAGUUUGAACUGCGAUACACAUAAAAAUUUGAAAGGAGAUAAAUCUAAAACCAAACAAAUGCAUUGCAAUAGCUCAUCAACAGAAAUGGACCUUUCUGGUUGCGUAGACCAUGCUGAAUAUGGUAAUGUCAGCGAUUAUAAUGUUAUGUCAUCUCCAGGGAAAUUAGGUGUAGCAUCAGAUAAUGACCAAUCCAGGAGUGUAACGCCUCCAUUGUUCAGUUAUCAAUGGAAUUCAACCGCCAAACCUUCAGCCAUUAGUGAACCACCCACUCCACUGAGUAAAUCAAUUGAGGCCAAAGCACUGAAGCGAGUAAAAGCUCCUCAAAUUACACUGGAAGAUGAAAUGAAAUUCAACAAAAAACGAAAUACCUAA